CAGUGCCCUCACUGUCCAGUCCUCAGACUUACCCUAGUUGCUGCGCACGCGUGGAUCUACUCUGCUGGUUGUGUGGAGCAGAGAGAGACAGUUGGAGCUAGCUGUGUAAUGGCGGCCUCGGUAUUGCUGUCUACGGAGAGCCCGGGACCCAGUUUUGCGGUCGGCAAUACCAGAGUGCCAGUAGCCCCCGGUAACGGGCCAGGGGCAGUGGGACCCACCUCUUGGAACCGUUCGCUGGACAGGGCUUUGGAUGAAGCUGCGGCCACCGGCUGCCUGAACCUCAGCGGCAGGAAACUGAAGGAGUUCCCGAGAAGCGCCGCCAACCACGACCUCUCAGACACUACCCGGGCCGACCUGUCCCGCAACCGGCUGCCGGAGCUCCCUGUGGAGGUGUGCAUGUUCGUGUCUCUGGAGCACCUCAACCUGUACCAGAACUGCCUGCGCUCUCUACCCGAGAGUCUGCUCAACCUGCAGGCCCUCACCUGCCUCAACAUCAGUCGGAACCAGCUGAGCACCCUGCCAGCCCCAGUGUGCAGUCUGCCUCUCAAGGUGCUGAUCGCCUGCAACAACAAGCUGGUGUCUCUGCCUGAGGAGCUGGGCCAGCUGCAGCAGCUCACUGAACUGGACGUGAGCUGCAAUGAAAUCCAGACGCUGCCUCCCCAGGUGGGCCAGCUGGAGGCGCUACGGGACCUCAACAUCCGCCGAAACCACCUGGUGCACCUGCCCCCAGAGCUGGCUGAGCUGCCCCUGGUGCGUCUGGACUUCUCCUGUAACAAGGUGACGUCCAUUCCAGUGUGCUACCGCAACCUGCGUCACCUGCAAAGCAUCAUACUGGACAACAACCCCCUACAGAGCCCGCCUGCACAGAUUUGUAUAAAGGGGAAGAUUCACAUAUUUAAGUAUCUGAAUAUAGAGGCAUGUAAGACUACGCCGGAUUUGCCAGACUUUGACCGGAGACCGCUGGCCUUCGGAUCCUGUGUGGAGGACUUGUAUCCUGGCCGGCCAUAUGGGGCGCUGGACUCUGGCUUUAACAGUGUGGACAGUGGGGACAAGAGGUGGUCAGGCAACGAGCCCACGGAGGAGCUGUCUGACCUGCCGCUGCGAGUGGCCGAGAUCACCAAGGAGCAGAGGCAGCGGAGAGAGAGGGAGCGGGAGGAGGGCCGAACGGGGGCCCUCCUGGCCAAUGGCACAGCGGAGGCGGAGCUGGAGCAGAUCGACUUCAUCGACAGCUGCGCGGGCGAGGAGGAAGAGGAGGAGGGGCGCAGCCGGAGGGCGGGGUCAGUCAGCCUGAGCUCCCAGUUCAUGGCCUACAUGGAGCAGCGCAUCACCGGGGAGGGCUCCCCAGGGAAGUCCAGCUCAUCAAGAGAUUCUCGAACAGAUGACCCACGAAGACACAAUGCUACAAACAACAGGAGUGCCAUGGAUGGUGUAAGUACAGUGCCCUCUACUUCACACACCCAGCGAGUGUUGGGGUCGGGCGGCGGUGUGGAGCGCGUGCGGAAGGAGGCCCAGCUCGCUGCGCAGCGGUACGAGGAGGAGAAGCAGAGAACGCGCCACACGCAGAGGGAGGCCGUCGUCAGCUACGUGAAGCACAAAGCAGCUCAGAGCCCCACCACCCUGAGCCCCACGGAGAGCGAGAGCGGGUUCGAGCCCCUCAUGGUGUUUGAGAUAGACACUGACACCAACACUAUAAAGAGGAGGCCUGGUACACACAAGCAGUCUCUCUCUGGGAUGUCCCUUGAUGGCUGCCUAUCUCACGCUGCUGAUGCAUCCGACGCUGCCCCCCUCUGCCCGCUGCAGCAGGGAGAGGAGCGCCCCCCACUCUCUCCUACAGCCCUCCAAUCACCCACCUACCCCGGCCCCAUUGUUAUGCCCUCCUGUCGAGGCCCUGCCCUACGACCUGACAGCUUCCUGUUUCGACUCGGUCAGAGAGAGGAGAGGAAGAGAGGAGAUGUGGGGGCCCCCCGACCCGAGUCAGAGGAGUCAGGGCCCCCUCAGCCUGAGGGUCCCGUGGGGGAGGACGCAAAGCUGGUGGAACAGCUACGCAAAAACAUCGAGUGUCGGCUGAAGGUGGCGCUGCCGAGCGACCUGGGGGCAGCGCUGACUGAUGGGGUGGUGCUCUGCCACCUGGCCAAUCACAUCAGGCCGCGCUCUGUACCCAGCAUCCACGUGCCCUCACCCGCUGUGCCCAAACUGACGAUGGCCAAGUGCAGGCGGAAUGUGGAGAACUUCCUGGAGGCGUGUCGCAGGAUCGGGGUUCCACAGAGCCAGCUCUGCCUGCCUCUCCACAUCCUGGAGGAGAGAGGGCUCCCCCAGGUGGCUGGGACAGUGAGUGCGUUGCUGGACCUGGCCCCCCCUAAACACACCCCAUCCACUCCUACCACCAGCGCCACUUCAGUGGUCAUGUAGGACAGACAGACAGACAAACAGACUGACAGACAGACGAUAGGACACACAGGAAGCCUGUGGUUCAGCUGCAUCGCCCCUCACACCCCUCCGUGACUCCAUGCCUGAAAGAGACUGAACGCAACAACCACAGACCCUGCCCACGGAACACUCCUAGCCCCGCCCCUGCAUUCCACUGCCAAAUCACAGUGAGAAACCAACUGAGACCAACACGCACUCCUGCCGGCCAAGAGAGCCGGCUAAGAGAGCACUCAUCCCCUGACUUCCGAGGCACAGGAGAGACGGAGGGGGGGAGUGAAGAGAAGGAGGAGGAUUGAAUGACGCACAGUGAGUAGCUGCACAGAAUGCGCUUCAGAAGUAGCCAUUCAGAACAGCCACUGAGACAGACUGACUUACGGGCAUAUUAAGACAUGACCACUGCGGACAGGCCGAUAAUGAGAGAGAGGUUGGGGAGAGAGGGGGGGGGGGGGGGGGGGAGAGAGAGCGUUUGUCUUCUCUCCAACUCAUAUUUUCACACACCAUGUCUCUGCAAAAGCAUAUUUCUGUACCAUACAGUUAUCCUGUCUUAAUUAAAGGUUGGAGUCAUGCGUGUGCAGGUAGGAGUUGGGCUGGCCAGUUGCCUUGGUAACAUGGGCUGUCUGCCAUUUAGUCCUGUGCAGUGGCCGUGUCACUUCAGAGGGGGGUCACAUGACUCUAGUCAUCAGGGGCAGUUGAUGCAGCUGUUAAGUUCAGUUACAUUGCAAAAUAAAUGGUUGUGUAAUAAAUGAAAGGUUAGCCUGACCCAGAGACCCCCCCUUAUAAACCCUUGGGCUUGUGAAGAGUGGCAGGCCUGGAGGGGUGAGCCAGUCCCACACCCUGUUCGGGAUCCUUUUUGUACAUAGUUCUUUGCAUGCAGAACUGCAUUUUGGGCAUUUCUCUCCAGCCUCCACUCUCACGGCAUGUAGAUAAAGCUAAAAUAGGUUUUUUUUAUCUUUUUAAAUUCAUAAAUAACUGUCAGUCAGCGUAUAAUGGAGGAGGGUAACACACUAAAGCGACAGUAUUGUAUCGGUAGAAAGACGCUGUUUUAAAAGCUUUGUAGAACCCUGUGUCCACUUUGCGCAGAACUGCUGCACAGAGCACUCGCAGUGGGGAUUUUAAUCAGUGACAGCAAUGCAGUAAUACUGAGGAGCGGUUCCUGUGCAGAAGAGAAGUGGCUUGUGGGGUUUAAAGGGUGUGCAGACCCAGUGUGCUGAACAGGUGCUGAUGUGUCUCCUAACACGCUCUCGGCACUGUGGCCCAGGCCUCUUCGGUUGCGAGAGUCACACUCUGGGAAACAAGGGGCUGUUCGGAGCAGACAUUGUGUAUUUAGUGAGCGUAAAAUGGGUCAUCCCUCAGCAGGGAUGGGCUCAUUUCAGAUUUUUCGCCAAAGGGCGUCCUUCAUCUGUAUGCCAGCACGUGGUUCCUCUUCCCGGGUUUCACAGUGAAGCUGCAUGGCACCGCGUUUAAGCCGUUUUAGACCGAGGCUGAUCGUCUGACUGGGUCAGUACUUGGGAGUCUGACCAUCAGGGUGAGACCAGGUCAGUGCUUGUACUAAGUCAGGGUGAGCCUGAGUCAGUGCUUGUACUAAGGCAGGGUGAGUCUGAGUCAGUGCUUGUACUAAGGCAGGGUGAGUCUGAGUCAGUGCUUGUACUAAGGCAGGGUGAGUCUGAGUCAGUGCUUGUACUAAGGCAGGGUGAGUCUGAGUCAGUGCUUGUACUAAGGCAGGGUGAGUCUGAGUCAGUGCUUGUACUAAGUCAGGGUGAGUCUGAGUCAGUGCUUGUACUAAGUCAGGGUGAGUCUGAGUCAGUGCGUGUACUAAGUCAGGGUGAGCCUGAGUCAGUGCGUGUACUAAGUCAGGGUGAGCCUGAGUCGGUGCUUGUGCUAAUUCAGGGUGAGCCUGAGUCAGUGCUUGUACUAAGUCAGGGUGAGCCUGAGUCGGUGCUUGUGCUAAUUCAGGGUGAGAUGUCAGAUUGUCAGUGAUGUCAGUGUUGCUGGUGAUGGGCUGAAAUCACUGCCCUACUUGUGAGAUUGUGAUUGACAGUGAUGUGGGUGGAGGGAUUUUUAGCUCCUGUGGUACUCAUAUCCUGGGCUCACAUAGGGAGUGGCCAAAAAUGAUAAAUACAGAAAAUAGGGGGGAACAAAAAAACAGAUGUAAACACAAGGUAUAUUUCUACCAUUUUAACUUACUUUUUUACUGACCUUGAGUUUUGAAAAGGGAAGUUAAAAGUGAUUUCAUUAUGAUUAAAUUGUUACAAGUGUUGUUUUAAUUAUGUAUAGAUUUUUCUUGUGAUUUUUUUUACACGAGUAGGGCGGUUCCUUGCAGCGAUCAUGUGACACUACAGCAGGGUUGUUCCCUGCAUGACUCUGUACAGUAAAUAAAUACAUUCCAUACGUUUAUAAGUAUGUAGCUCUUUCUGUUUACCCCAAAGGACUUUCCUUUGCAACAGCCCCCUCCUACAGCCAAACAUUUUUACUUUUCGUUUGAACUUUUCCAGUGUUUUCUAAUUAAAUGCACCCUCUCGCAUCCCACUCUCUUGGGUUAAAAUGACAGGAGAAAAAAAAAUGAAACAAUGUCCUGGAAUGAACAUUGGCUGUUAUUUUUAAAUGUAUCAAUAAAAGUUUCCCACCUCUG